GCGGGCCACGCUCAGGCCGAGCCAUGCCGGCGGCGCGCGUGGAGUACAUCGCGCCCUGGUGGGUCGUGUGGCUGCACAGCGUCCCGCACCUCGGCCUGCGCCUGCAGCCCGUGGACAGCACUUUUCGCCCCCGCGACGAGAGUUACCAGGAGUCACUGCUGUUCCUGGGGCUGGUGGCUGCCGUCUGCCUGGGCCUGAACCUUGUCUUCCUUGCGUCUUACCUGGCAUGCGUGUGCUGCUGCAGGCCGGGAGGUGCGGCACAGACUAAGCAGCACGGCUCCUGCUGCAUCACCUGGACGGCCGUGGUGGCCGGCCUCGUCUGCUGUGCUGCGGUGGGCGUUGGUUUUUAUGGAAACAGCGAGACCAACGAUGGGGUGUACCAGCUGAUCUACUCUCUGGACAAUGCGAACCACACCUUCUCUGGGAUCGAUGCACUGGUUUCUGGAACCACCCAGAAGAUGAAAGUGGACCUAGAGCAGCACCUUGCCCGGCUCAGCGAGAUCUUUGCUGCCCGGGGCGAUUAUAUCCAGACCCUGAAGUUUGUGCAGCAAAUGGCAGGCAACAUCCUUGCCCAGCUCUCAGGACUACCCACGUGGAGGGAGGUUACCACGGAGCUGACCGAGCUGUCCAACCAGACUGGCUACGUGGAGUACUACAGGUGGCUCUCUUACCUCCUGCUUUUCAUCGUGGACCUGGUCAUCUGUCUCGCCGCCUGCCUGGGACUGGCCAAGCACUCCAAGUGUCUCCUGGCCUCGAUGCUGUGCUGUGGGCUGCUGACCCUGCUCCUCAGCUGGGCUUCCCUGGCUGCCAACACAGCUGCGGCAGUGGGUACCAGUGACUUCUGCAUGGCUCCCGACACCUUCAUCCUGAAUAUCACACAGGGCCAGAUCAGCACAGAGGUGACCCGCUACUACCUGUAUUGCAGUCAGAGUGUAAGCAGCCCCUUCCAGCAGGCGCUGACCACCUUCCAGCGCUCACUGACCACCAUGCAGAUCCAGGUCGCGGGGUUGCUGCAGUUUGCCGUGGCCCUCUUCCCCACAGCAGAGAAAGAUCUGAUUAGAAUCCAGCUCCUGUUGAACUCCUCCGAGUCCAACCUUCACCAGCUGACGGCCAUGCUGGAUUGCCGAGGGCUGCACAAGGACUACCUGGACGCCCUUGCUGGCAUCUGCUACGACGGCCUCGAGGGAUUGCUCUACCUCGGCCUCUUCUCCCUCCUGGCCGCGCUGGCCUUCUCCACCUUGAUCUGCAUGGGGCUGCGGGCCUGGAAGCACUUCACCGCCAGGGACAGAGACUAUGACGACAUUGACGAUGAUGACCCCUUUAACCCCCAAGCCCGGCGCAUCGCGGCGCACAACCCCCCGAGGGGGCAGCUUCAUAGCUUCUGCAGCUACAGCAGUGGCCUGGGCAGUCAGACCAGCCUGCAGCCCCCCGCCCAGACCAUCUCCAACGCCCCCGUCUCCGAGUACAUGAACCAAGCCAUGCUCUUUGGUGGGAACCCGCGCUACGAGAACGUGCCACUCAUCGGAAGAGGCUCCCCUCCGCCCACGUACUCUCCCAGCAUGCGGGCCACCUACCUGUCCGUGGCGGAUGAGCACCUGAGGCAGUAUGGGAGUGAGUUUCCAGCCUAACAGACUUUCAGGGGUUCUUACCUCCUUGUUCCAUUUUGGUUUUUAAUUAAUGCAAAUACGAGCUGCAUUCUUUAGUAGAAA